AUGAUUCGAUCCAUUUGGGUCCUUCUAUUAUUAUUUGCGAUAUCUCAAGCAUCAGUGAUUCGGAGUCGUCGAGAAGCGGUGGCACCUGUUGCGCGCUCGCUUUCAAGAGAAAUCCGCCGAAAACCGCCGGCGCUUUUGCGGCUAAUUGGCCCAUUGGCGUUCGGACGAAAAGAUGGAGAUGACAUGAAAUAUAGUGUUCCGCUAUUGGGACAGUUAGGCGCUGGAGAUGUCAGUCAAAUGACAGCGAAAUUUACGCCAGAGGGAACUGAAAACCAAUCACCAAAUGGCGGAACCUUCGAUCUGAAUGAAAAAGGUCCACAGCUGGGUUAUAUGGAUAGAGAAACCACGAUGGGAGAACGAUCGGGUAGCACUGGAAAGAUGUCAAUUGCUGGUCUUGGAAAAAUUGAACUGGGAGAUGUGAAUGAGCAAGGAACCGGUCUUUUGGAUUUUUCGAAAACAUUAUUCCCUUUUCUUCAACUUCCACCAUUGAAAAAUGAAACGGGAGCUCCCGAAGAGCACACGCAAGUGGAUCAAACCUACACAGACUAUUAUUAUCCGAAGCCGCGAUCGUACAUUGGAUCCGUCUAUGACAUUCAGCGACCCAAUUUGGGCAAAAAUAAGGAGGAAAUCGAUUUUCCGAAAUUGGUCUCGACACCUGAGCCGAAUUUCAAUAUCGAGGAAGAGAAGAGGAUUAAAAACCCAUUUGAUCGUGUCUCGAUUCGUCCAAGAAUGAUGGCGGCCAAAUCGUUGUCGGAAGAGCCGAAGGAAGGAUUUAUCGCGCAGAAUGGUAAACAAGUCGAUCCCGAUGAGGCGCCGCCGAUUCCCGAUUCGACACUGCUCACAGCCGAGAAGAAAGUGCAACAAAUUACGGAGAGAAAAUCGAUUCAUGAAGUCGGAUUAUCGGCGAAGGAGAUUUAUGCACUUUGUGCGAAAUUUGCACCGGUGGCUAAUCAGCAUUGCUAUAAGAACAAAGUGGAAGAGCAAUACAUUGAGCGUUGUCGCGGAUACCAAACCGAUUGCGUCGACUUUAUUCAAAAGGCUCGCCCGCUCGGCGCAAUUGCAAACGCAUUCUCAUCGGGUGUCGGCUUGACGUAUUAUGAUUGGAAUGUCAACGGGAUCCCGUUCUAUCCGGUCAACGAAGAGGGAUCGAUCGGGAACGGCCAUCACGGAAAAGUCGACUUUGGGUCAUGGGGAGGCGGCUAUUCCGAUAAUCUCGGUGUUCGCGAUUUCUGGUCUCAAACACAAGAAUAUGGCGCGAAUUGGUAUGAGGGAAUGUAUGGUUACAAAACGGGAUGGAGUAUUCCAAUUGUGCAAGGAAUAGGCGUUGAAGGGGGACAGGGAGCUCAGGUUCAUGUGCCGAUUAAGGAAGGGGAACUCGGAAAACCGCUGACGGUGACUAAUGGUUAUCACGUCGGGCCUUAUUUUGGACUAGCUGAUCGUGUUGGUGUCGACUGGCUGAACGGAGGAGUCUCAUGGAAUAAGGGAGUGGCUGUGCCAUUUGUGGGCGUUGGAGUCAACACGGGAACUUCUGUUGGAUUCCCGUCCGUCGGAACAAUUAUGAAUCGAAUGGGACUCAAUGGUGUGGAAACACUUAAUACGAUGGCUCGUGCCGCUGCCGCCGAGACUGCGAAGGUCGCUGAGACGCGAUCAUCGACGACGAUUGACGUUGGGAAUCUUUAA